CCGGACCGCUCUUCUCCAAGCACAGCCGGUCCGAAAGAAGUACUUCUAAUGGCAGAGGAAAUCCGUACUUCGAAUUUACCAACCCAAGUACACUACUACGCGAUACGUGAUUCUUCUGAAAAUCGAAAUCUAAAUUUCCAAACCCUAAUUCGGAGCAUUCAUUAUAGAGAAGAAACAGGAUCAAUUCACCAGUCACCGCCGUCUGUGAUUAUAUGGAAGCUCAGGCGUUUCACAACUUUUUCGAACGGCGCUCUAUCACCAAGUCCAGAGCUCCUGCCACCAAAUGGUUCAAAGAAUGGGUGCCACAAGAUGUUGUAGCCACUGGUGGGAAGUGCUUGGUUUUAAAAUGGGUUAAUGAGGCCACACUGAAAGCAUUGAAGGAGAACACAAAUGAGCUAGAAGUUUCACAAACCGAACCAGAGCCAGCUACAGAAGUGCUCUUCCUCUGCAGUUUUGAAGGCUGUGGAAAAACAUUUAUAGAUGCUGGGGCUUUGAGGAAGCAUUCUCACAUCCAUGGAGAGAGACAAUAUACCUGUACAUAUGGGAAUUGUCAAAAGAAAUUUUUGGACAGUUCAAAGCUGAAGCGACACUAUCUUAUUCAUACUGGGGAGCGGGCUUUUGCUUGUCCAGUGGAGGGCUGUGGCAAGGCUUUCUCACUGGAUUUCAACCUGAAAUCACAUAUGAGGACACAUUCACAGGAAAACUAUCAUAUAUGUCCAUAUCCAGAAUGUGGAAAGAGAUAUGCCCAUGAGUACAAGCUAAAAAAUCAUGUUGCUACUUCUCAUCAAAAGAAAGGAACACCAGAUGUGACAAGGUAUGCCCCCCAGCCUACUCCUAUUGCAGAGAAGCCAACCAAAACACCAAAAUCUUCAGGAGCAUACGCAUCAUCAUCUGAUCGUCCCUAUGUAUGUCCUUACGAAGGGUGUGAUAAAGCUUACAUCCAUGAAUACAAACUCAAUCUUCAUUUAAGGAAAGAACAUCCGGGUCAUUUCCCUGAUGAUAAUGCCAAGAAUGCUCAACCUAGUGUUGGUCCUUCAGCUGGUGUUGAAAAUGAGAUGGACGAAGAGAGUGAUAAGGAAGCAUAUGGUGGUGGGAGACAUGGAAACGGAAAGACUCAGAAACAAAGCAGGACAAAGCCCAAUUUGAAACUUCCUCCUUCAAAAGUUCCGACACACCGAAAAAGUUCCGGUGCCUCUCAGGCCAAUCUGAAUGUAGCGAAAAAACCAUGGCCUGUCAAUGAAAGUAAAUACGAAGAAGAUAGUGAAGAAACAGAGGAGGAGAGAGAUGAUGUUGGAGAUGGAUGGAGGUAUUGGGGUAACAAUGAUGAUGACGACGAUGAUGAAGAGACAGAGUAUGAAGAUUAGGCUUUAUGACAAGAAAGGAUUCAAAGAUUUUACUUGUUUUGGAGUUUAAGGAAGACAAAUAUGAUAAGAAGAUAGUGGACAAACAAUGGAGAUGGAUGGAUGGGUUUGCGGUAACAAUGGUCUUCAUAAAAAUUUGAAGAUGUGAUUUACUUGAAUUCUUUGAUGGACUUAUUAACCUUGACCUAGAAAUGUUAGGUUGGUGCCCUGGUGGGUUUGAUAAGUCAUGGAAAUAGCAAACUGUCAUCCCGAGAAAAGAGUCAUGCCUCACGAAUGUGCAAGUGUAACUCAUGCUUCACCAAUGUGUAAGUUUUAAUUUUGACAAGGUACAACCAUCUUAAAUCAUGAAUGAUAUUUAUAUUUUCUGUGAAUUUAUUUGCUUUGAUUAAUUUUUCAUAUGCAACUUAUUGGUUAAAUUACAUGAAAUAUUAUAUUCAUUUGAUCCAUGUUGAAUUUUUUUAUAAUGAAAUAACUAUUUUU